CAAUAGUUGAUCACCAGUACCUAUGCUUGGAAUCAGGAUUCAGUGUCAUAUAGAUCCACGGAAGCUUGAGAGCAUUUUCAAAUUCCUCAGGAUUCGGGAAUGAAACUGUAUCGAUUCCUCAUCUUCUGCCUUCCUUUUCUGGCAGGUGCAAAAGAAGAUGACAAUCAAGAAGAGAAUAUAACUUGUGAUCCCAAUGUCCACAUUACUGGGGGCACACUGACGAAAUCGAAUGGUAAUGCAGUGGACAGCGUUCUGAGGUUCCAGUGUCCAGAACACACCUACCCAUACCCAGUGUCAGAGACCAAGUGCACGAGGAGUGGGCACUGGUUCAGGCUCACUUACAGACGCACCAAACCUAUAUGCAAAGAGUUUCGAUGUCCAAUGCCUGUACUGGAAGAUGGAAUGAUCAGACCACAGAACCUUUCCUAUGCUAUCGGGGAAACUGUUUUUUUCGAGUGCUAUGAUGGGUAUAAGCUUCAAGGAUCAAUUAGCAGGACCUGUAUGAAGAAUGGGCGAUGGAAUGGGACAAUAACUAGCUGUAACUCUGGAUCACAAUACUGCCCUCAUCCCGGGAUCCCGGCUGGAGGCAGGAAAUCCGGAGAGAAUUACAUGAUCGGCAGCAAGGUGGAGUAUGUCUGCAACAACCACCUCGUGCUGGUAGGGUCGAGCGUGAGGCAAUGCCUGGAGUCGAGGGAGUGGAGUGGAAGAGAACCCAGCUGCCAAUACAAAAACUCCUUUGACACUCCAGAAGAUGUAGCAUCAGCUUUCACAGCCUCAUUUACCAAUAUGCUGGGUAUGACUCAAACUGGAGAAGCAAAGCAGCCAGCAUCCACUGCCCGCAAAAUUACUCUCACCAAGGAUGCUCCACUUCAUAUAUACAUCCUUCUAGAUGCUUCCGAAAGUGUUGGUGAGGCCAACUUCAAUGAAGCCAAGAAUAUCAUAAAGAACCUCACUGACAAGAUUGCAAGUUUUGACAUUCAGCCCAAAUUUGGAAUUAUAUCGUAUGCAUCAGAACCAAAAGUCAUCUCUGACAUCAAUAUUCAGGAGACAGCCACAGCUGAUGAGGUCAUUUAUCUGUUAGAUAAUGGGGAAUCGGCACAAUAUGAAGUUCAUGCUGACAAGAGAGGCACCAACAUUCAUGCAGCGUUCAAGAAGGUACUGGAAAUGAUGGUCCUCUCAAAGAUCAUUUAUAAGGAUUCCUGGGGCAAGACAAGAUUCGUCACCAUAUUAUUUACUGAUGGGAAAUCGAACAUGGGAGGGGACCCCAGGACAGCAGUCAGAGAAAUAAAGGACUUUAUUUUUGCACAAAAUAAAUCGGAUGAUUAUCUUGAUAUGUACUCCUUUGGAGUGACAGAUGGUGCCAAUAUACUAGAACUGAACGCGCUAUCAUCUAAAAAACAUGACGAGAAACAUUGCUUUAUUCUUAAAAGCACGACAGAGCUGAUAAAAGCUUUUGAUGACAUAUUAGACUUUAACCAAAUUGGUGAUUUGUGUGGAGUUGCUGAUGAAAAUGUAGAGAAAUCCUUUAGAUUGAGACACCCCUGGCACGUUCUCAUGGAAAUUCCGGGUAUCGGUAGUUGCAGUGGAUCCAUUGUGUCCCCUGAAUGGGUCCUGACAGCCGCUCAUUGCUUGAAAGAUGUGCAGACUAAGUUGGAUAUCGAUAAGAUUACAGUGCAAAUUGGUGAUAAGUUUCGUUUUAGCCAUGUGAAAGACGUAUACAUACACCCACAGUACAACCUAUCAGGGCUGCUUGAUGAGAAAAUCUCCCAAUUUUACGACUAUGAUGUGGCAUUGCUUAAGUUGAAGAAGAGAAUAGACUUUGCCGACACAAAAAGUCGAUCCAUCUGUUUACCAUGCACAAGCGAAACAACAAGAGCCAUCCGAAAACCAUUCCCAGGAACAAACUGUCGUGACCACGAAAAUGAACUGUUACCGACGACCAGAUCAGUCCCAGCAAGCUUCGUGAAGCGCGACAGAGGGAGAUUAGAGACAGAGGCGUAUGUCUCGAUAAAGACGACUGAGGCUCUGAGAGAUGCCUGUGAGGCGAAUGCACUCCAUGCUGAAGAGUACAAACACGUUACUGAUGUGCGGAUGGUGGUCACAGACAGAUUCCUCUGCACUGGAGGACAAGACCCUGUAGCUGAGGAGGUAUCUUGUAAAGGUGACUCGGGAGGUGCCUUAUAUAUGGAGAAAAAACGACGAUUAAUUCAGGUGGGCGUUAUAAGUUGGGGAGUUAUUAAUGUCUGUGAUACUGUGAACGCAGACAAGAAUCACGCUCGUGACUUUCACGUCAACUUAUUCAAGGUGUUGCCAUGGUUGAAAGAGAGACUUGGGAAAAUUAUGACAUUCAUAGAUUAGGGUUAGGAGGAGGCCAUUCUGCCUCUCAAGCCUGUACCGCUAUUGAAUUAGAUGAUGGUUGCUCUCUUUCUUAAUGCUAUCCCACCCACCUUGGUUCCAUAAACUUCAGUAACCUUACUGAGUGAAAAUUCUAUCAGUCUUAGUUGUUUUAACUUUGAUGUGGGGAAUGUUCCAAUUUAUCACUAUCCUUUGUGUGAUCUAGCAUCUCGCCUGAGGAUGUAGCUCUAGUUUUAAGCCCAUUGCCCUCAUUUUCUGGACUCGUCCUUUUGAGGAUCUGGGUUCUCUGUUUACCUUGCUGAAUACUUUAAUCAGUUCAAACACCUUAACACUAUUAACUCAAGGGAAUAAAAAUGCCUAGUUUCUGCAAUAUCUCCUCAUGUUUGGACCUUUUCAGACUUGGUAUUAUAUCAUAAGGAAUAGGUCAUUCGAACCAUCUUCACCAUUAAAUAAGACCAUGGUCUCAACUUUCCUUUCCUUACUGUUCCCCCAUGAUCCUUAACUCCCUUGUCAAUCAAAAACCUGACUAACUGAACCUCCGACAGAUUCAAUUUAUCCACUCUCCACUGCACUCUGGGGUAGAGAAUUCAAAAUUCCGCAGACCACUGAGAGGGGAGAUUCCUUUAUACCUCUAUCUUAAAUAGUCUCCUCUUUCUUAUUUUGGAACUCUCCCUAGAUUCCCCAGUUGAAACACCCUCUCAGCAUCUUGACUGUCAAGCCCCCUUCAGAAUCAUUAUAUUUUAAUUUGAUCACUUAUUUUUCUAAAUGCUAAUAAGUUCAACCUGCUCAAUGUUUUCUUAUGAUAUAUCCCCUUUAUCCCAGGGAUCAAGCCAGGUGAACUGUGCUGAACUGCUUCCAACGCAGUAAGGAGAUAAAAAUUGUAGUGUUCUAGAUGAAAUGGCACCAUCACCCUGUACAGUUGUAGCAAUCUUUUCCAACAUUUACAUUUUAUAUCUUGCAAUAAAAGCCAAAAUUCCUUUUGCCUUUCUAGUUUUUUACUAUACCUGUGUGCUGACUUUUUGCGAAUCAUUUACUAGAACACUUAGAGAUCUCUCAACAAAAGCCACAAGAACUGUGGAUGCUGGAAAUCAAAUAAUAACAGAAAUCACUGGAAAAACUGAGCAGUUCUGGCAGCAUUUGUGCAGAAAAGUCGGAGUUAACGGUUUGGGUCCAGUAACCCCCCCCCCGCCUUUAAACAGAGAUCUCUCUGUGCCUCAGCAUUCUGCAGUCUCUUCUAUUCAAAUAAUAUUCCAGUUUAUGAAAUAAUUGUUGUGAAUCUUCACUGCAUCUCCUCCAAGACUACUAUUUCCUUCCUGAGAUGCAGUGAGCAACUGAAUAUAGUACCCCAGCUGGGGUCCAUCCCAAGUUUUAAUACAUCCACAGUACUUGUUACUCCCAUUCAUAAUCGAGCUGACUAUCAGAUAAAGGUGAACAUUCCACUUACUUGUUUAGUUAUUUUUUUGUAUGUGUUUACGAGUAUUUUAAAAUAUUUUCUAUAGUUGGGCCCUCUAAAUCUCUGUUCAUCCAAAGUUUCCAUUUAGAAAAUAUUCUGAUCUUUUCCACAUCUCCAACUGCCAGUUUUGACCACACUUUAAAUCGCUCACUGCCUCUGCAACGUUCCCCUUCCAUCUGUGUCAUUUACAGUGCUACUGAAAAUGAUGCCACUUGCACAUGUGGUUCUUUAUUCUUUCAUUGGUACUAUUUAUGUACAUAGUGAAAAACAGUUAUCCCUGGGAAUAUACCAGGAAACACCCUGCAAUUAGAGUAUAUAGCAUUAUCACCAGUCUUUGCAACCUACCUCAUGCAAUUUCCCUACAUAUGUCAAUAGAUUGUCUCCAAUUCCAUGUGUUUUAAUUUCAUUAACAGUCUCUCAUGUGGAACCUUACUGAAUUUCUUCUGAAACUCCACUUGAAUGAUAUCCAUAGAUGUGCCCCAAUGCAUCACAAAAGCUACAUUCUUGGAAUGUAGAAAUGUGAUUGAGGAGCAGGAUUAGAUUGUUCAACCCUUUCAUUUUGCUCUAUCAUUUGACAAGACUGUGGCUGAUCUGGUUAUGGAUAUUUUCUGUCUGCCCUUGUAGCCACUGGACUCCCUAGUCUAUGAAAAAUCUACCCAAAAUAAAUUCAGUGAUGCCUCAAUACUUUCUAGAGGAGUGAAUGUCACAGACUCUAGAGAGGGAAGAAAAAUUCUCCUCAUCCCCAUUUUCAAAGGGAGAUCUCUUAUUAAACUGUCCCCUAGUUCUAGAGUCCUGCAGAAAGUGAUAAUUUGACUUGAAUUCAACUGGGUCUAUGGCUGUGACCUCGUAUUUUGCAAUCCAAGCUGGCUCUCUCUAAUAGUCCAUAUUGAACUAAUUGCUCAUUCUCCUAAUAGAUUUGAAGAUCAGUUUUAUCAUGUCUAAAUUUAUCAGAUCAAGUCCAUCAGUGUGGUUAUCACUGGAGCAAACACAAAGCAAAGACAUACCUUGUCAACAGUGCCAAGUGCAAGAUUUUACCUUGACUUCACUGAUCAACCUUGACAGUCUUCCCAAAUGUGCUUCUGGAGUUUAGGGCACAAGGAGUAGGUUACUUGGCCCUUCAAGCCUGGCCCACCAUUCAAUAAGUCCAUAGUUGAUCUGCCCCAGGCCUCAUCUUUGGUGUCAGCUCAUCAUUGCCCUCAACUCCCUGAUAUUUCAGAAGCCUCUUUAAAUAAUUUCGGUGAUCUAGCUUUCACAACUCUCAAAAGGAAUUUCAAGCAUUCUUCGGAGUGAAGAAAUUCCUUUGCAUCUCAGGUUCAAAUGGGUGUCUCCUUAUUCUAAAAUAUGUGUCCUAGUUUGAGAUUGCCCAAAUCUACUCAACAUUCCACUUUGUCAAGCUUCCUCAGAAUCUUGUAUUUUAAUAGGAUCACGCCUCAUUCUUUUAAACUUUAGUGAACAGCUACUAACCUGUUCAUCCCAGGUAUCAGCCUCGUAAAUCUCUUCUAAACUGCCUUGAAUGUCAGCACAUCCACCCUGUUCACAGUGCUGCCAUGCAGACUCACCCACACCCUGUACAGUUGCAACAAAACUUCUAUAUUUUCAAACUCCAACCAUCUACAAAUAAAAAAAUCAUUUGCCUUCUUAAUUGCUUGCUGUAUCUACAUGCUAACUCUUUCGCGAUUUUAAGAAGAGCCUGCUGUGUUUUAAUAAGCAGCAAAAGGGAAUGGGAGGGAUCAUUGAAUUAUCUACCUAAUUAUACACCCUCCCCAAAAUUUAAUUACAUUGACAAAGGAAAAAUAGAGAGAGAAGAGAGAUCGAUAGAAACAAGGACUGGCGUGCGCAGGAAAAAUGAGACACCAAAAGAGAAGGAAUGCAAAAAGGAGACAAAAAAGGCACUGAGUGAGAGAGGUGGAGAGGGACAAAAGAAAAUGAGGAACUGUGAAAAGGAUAGAGAAGAAAGUGGAGUGGGAAAGAGAGUGAUAGAGACCAAAAUAGUGUAUAUGGGGAGAAUGCAAGGGACUGUGAAACAGAAGACGGAGCCAGUGAAAGAAGAGAGAAGAGGGUGAGUGAGACAUACAAUAAGUAGAAAAUAGGGUAAAAGAGACGAAAAUUUAAAAAAAGAGAAAGACAAGCUCAAGAAGAAGAGGUGGACUGAUGUAGAAAGAGGGAGGAGGAUAAAGAAAUGAUAGAAAGAGAUGAGAGGAGUUAGAGAGCCAAUGUUACUGUGAGCUCCUGACUUACCUAUACAUACGGAUUAUUAAUGGUUUGGUGCAAGUUAAAAAUACCUGAAUGUGUCAUAGAUUAAAAGCCUUUCUAAGGAAACAUUACAUUUAUGAGCAAGAGGAAUAGGUGAUUGUUGGUGUUUACUGAUUUAUUUCCCUUCCUUCACUAGCUUGAAUAGAAUAUAUAUUUCUUUUGACUGUUAUAAUAUUUUGUUGAAAUAAACUUGUAAGUACAUGCAA